AUGGCUAGCUCGUUCUUGUUCAUCAUCUUGGUUAUUAGCAGUUGUUAUGCAUUAGAUAAUGUUCGAUAUAGAGAUUGUGGUUCUCAAGUGGGAAAAGUCAAAUCGCUUUCAAUUAAUCCAUGCACCUCUCAACCUUGUAUCUUGAAACGUGGAACUAAUGUCACCGUUACCAUCAACUUUUCACCAUCUGAGAGCAUCAAGAAAAUCCAAGCGGUCGUAUUUGGAGUCUUAGAAGGUGUGCCCAUACCUUUUCCACUUCCCAAUCCUAACGGAUGUAGCAAUAGUGGCGUUAAGUGCCCCUUGGAGAAGAGUGCUAUGUACAAGUAUCACUCUAUCAUCCCUGUCAAGAAAAUCUAUCCAGCUGUAACGUUAAUCGUUCGAUGGGAAUUGAAAAAUUCAGCCGGGAAGAAAGUGGUUUGCUUAGAUAUUCCUGCAUCGAUUGAGUAAUUCGAUGGAUCAAUGGAACCAUGCAAUAAGAUCUAAUCUAUAAUAAUGUAGUUUUCUUAUACUUGAUUGUAAUAGCUCAAACGACCAGUUAUAGAAGCUCCCGAUUGCUACUUGUAGCUAUAUACUAGUAUAUAAUAAGAUGUUUUGCCUGAAAUUUUUUAAAAAGAUCUUCAUUCAAG